AUAUUUGUAAGAAAUGUGUGUCAGAAGUAUAACAAAAGAAUAAGGAUAUUACAAGAUAUUACAAAUAUGGAUAUUUUGAAGUUAAAGCUCGUUUUGAAACAUAUUAAUACCAGUAUAGUCGAUUCCAUACAUAAAAUUUCUACAAAAUCAUUAAUAUAUAUUAAAUCGAAAGAAUUUUCAACAGGUAGUUUAUUGCGAGUUAAAGAACCAGAGGCAAAAGGUGAGAAAAAAGAAUCAAUAAGAAUGAAACAAUUUCAUAAAAAAUUAAAAUUGCAACCUAUACCUAGGGUACCUCCAAAAGAACGUUUCGUGGACUUAGUACUAGUGGAAACUGAUCCAAAUAAUGGAGAACUAAUAACAAAUAGCGAAAAAGAUCCAACAAAGUGGGGGGAUUGGCAAAAUGGUGGGCGGGUGAGCGACUUUUAAUUCAAAAUUCUCAUUUCAAGAUAUAAAUAUAUAAAAUAUGAUGAAGUAACACUUGAUUCGUUUAAAUUUAUAAAAUUUAUUGUACUACUUGUAAAUCUUGUUUGUUCAUUAAAUAAUAUUGCAAGUUUCUUCUACUCUUUUAUGUACAUAUUUGUAAAAAAACUACACCAAUAUGUUGGCAGACAAUACAUCUUAAUUGAACGACAUAAAUAAAU